CCUCUCUGUCUUAACCUGUUGUUUCUCUAUUAUUUCAGAUUAUCUGAUGAUAUCAAAGAAUUGUUCACCUCAGAUACACCACCAGUGUUUAUCAUUUUCUAAACACAAAAGGACAAUGUUUAUACAGAACAAAUAUCAGCCUGUUGAUAUAAGUCUCUGGAAAAAUUACUGUAAGAUAUUUCUUCUGGACGGAGACCACAACCAACAACAUUUCUUAUAAUUUUGCAUACUAAAUAAAUGGGGAUUUUCUGCAGCUAUGUUGAUAUUCCUUAACUACACACAAACAUAUCCAUUCAGGUGAGAAACCAUAUCACUAUGACAUCUAUGGGAAAACAAUCUCUGUAAGUAGUAACUUACCAGAACACAAAUGUGUUUGUACAGGAGAAAAACCAUACCACUCUGGAAUCUACAGUACAUCUUUCUCUCAUAGGUAUCAACUAUACAUAAACGUUUUCAUACAGGAGAGAAAUUAUAUUAUUGUGAUAUCUGUGGUAAAUUAGUCCCAUGAAGCCAUCACUUAACUGACUACAAAUUUAUACAUAUGGGUAAGAAGCCAUAUCAUUGUGACGUCUGUGGUAAAUAUUUCUCUCAGAGAUAUAACUUACCUAGACACAAACUCAUUCAUACAAAUAAGAAUCCAUUUAAAUGUUAUUUCUGCAGUAAAUCUUUCUCUCAAAGAUAUCACUUAACUAGACACAAACUCAUUCAUACACAAGAAAAGCCAUAUCGCUGUGAAAUUUGUGGUACAUCUUUCUCUUACACAUAUUCCUUAACUGUACAUAAACGUAUUCAUACAGGAGAGAAACCAUAUCACUGUGUUGUCUGUGGCAAAUCAUUCUCACAAAACCAUCACUUAAAUGAACAUAAGCGUAUUCACACAGGAGAGAAACCAUAUCAUUGUGAUAUCUGUAGUAAAUCCUUCUCUCAUGGAACUACUUUAACCCAACACAAACGUAUUCAUACAGGAGAGAAACCAUUUAGCUGUGAUUUCUGUGGCGAGUCUUUCUCACAAAGAAAUAUCUUAACCAGGCAUAAACAUAUUCAUACAGGAGAAAAGCCAUAUCACUGUAAUAUCUGUGGUAAAUCUUUCUGUCGAAGAAGUGCCUCAACUAGUCAUGAACAUACUCAUACAGGAGAAAAGGUGUAUUGCUGUUAUGUCUGUGGUAAAUCUUUCUCUUACACAUCUUCCUUAAAUUUACAUAAACGUAUUCAUGCAGGAGAGAAACCAUAUCACUGUGAUGUCUGUGGUAAAACAUUCUCUCAAAAUGAACAUUUAACUGUACAUAAACGUAUUCAUACAGGAGAGAAACCAUAUCACUGUGAUGUCUGUGGUGGAGAGAAACCAUAUCACUGUGAUGUCUGUGGUAAAACAUUCUCUCAAAAUGAACAUUUAACUGUACAUAAACGUAUUCAUACAGGAGAGAAACCAUAUCACUGUGAUGUCUGUGGUGAAACAUUCUCUCGAAAUGAACAUUUAACUGUACAUAAACUUAUUCAUACAGGAGAGAAACCAUAUCAUUGCAACAUCUGUGGCAAAUUAUUCUCACGUAACCAUUACUUAAAUGAACAUAAGCGUAUUCACACAGGAGAGAAACCAUAUCAUUGUGAUAUCUGUGGCAAAUCAUUCUGCCAUGGAAGUAUCUUAACUAAACACAAACGUAUUCAUACAGGUGAGAAACCAUUUAGCUGUGAUUUCUGUGGUAAAUCUUUCUCUCAAAGAAAUACCUUAACUAGACAUAAACGUAUUCAUACAGGAGAGAAACCAUAUCAUUGUGAUAUCUGUGGUAAAUCAUUCUCUGAUAGUAGUGCUUUACCAAGACACAAAUGUAUUCAUACAGGAGAGAAGCCAUAUCACUGUAAUAUUUGUGGUAAAUCUUUCUCUCAAAGUAAUAACUUAACUACACAUAAAUGUAUUCAUACUGAAAAGGAAAUUUUGUUGAGUGGAUUAGCAAUGCAGUAUGUCACUGAUGAAAACAUUAAUUUAGAAACGUAUCACUCGCAAGUCAUUGGUCAAGCAAGUCCGAUGGAAGAAGACGCCUACCCAAGGGUGCCAUGCAGAGAGAAGCCAUAUCAUUGUGAUAUUUGUGGUAAAUCAUUCUCUAGACAAAGUGAUUUAACUAAGCACAAUCGCAUUCAUACAGGAGAAAAGCUGUAUCAUUGUGACAUCUGUGGUAAUUCAUUCUCUCAGAGACAUGUCUUAGUCACUCACAAAUUUAUUCAUACAGGUGAGAAGCCAUAUCACUGUGAUAUCUGUGGUAAUUCAUUCUCUCGAAGUCAUCGCUUGACUGAACACAUACGUAUUCAUACAGGAGAGAAACCAUAUCACUGUGUUACCUGUGGUAAAUCAUUCUCACAAAAUGGUGACUUGACUAAACAUAACCGUAUUCAUACAGGAGAAAAGCCAUAUCGUUGUGAUAUCUGCGGUAAAUCAUUCACUCAUAAAGAAAGCUUAACUACACACAACCGUAUUCAUACAGGAGAAAAGCCCUAUCAUUGUGAUAUCUGUAGUAAAUCAUUCUCUUAUAAAACCAGCUUUAAUACACACAAAUGUUUCCAUACAGAAAAGUAACUGUAUCAAUGUCAAAAUAUUGUUUGCAGUAAAUAAAGUCGUCCAAGUUUGUCAAUUAA